CCACAACUUCAUAGCAAACUUCAUUCUUUUCUUAUUGCAUUAGUUUGAAGCUACGUACGUACAUACUUCCACUAAAUUCUUCGAUCCAUCUUGAUUGAUCAGUCAUUUGCUUCAAUAUAUACUUCCAGAAAAAUAAAAAAAUGGCUGCAUUCAAGUCAAUAGCUCUUCUUGCGCUGCUUGUUGUUGCUAUGUCAUUGCCAGAUAUUAAGGUAUCUGAAGGCCGAGUCGCAAGGAAGGAUUUGGGUAUCGAUCUCGGAGGAGUUGGCAUUGGAGUAGGAGUGGGACUAGGUUUAGGGCUAGGUGGAGGUGGAGGUGGCUCUGGUUCAGGGUCUGGAUCCGGCUCCGGCUCAGGUUCGAGUGGUUCAAGUUCUGCGUCAAGUUCAGCUUCAUCAAGUUCAAGUUCAAGUUCAAGUUCAAGGGGAUCUGGUGGUGGAGGUAGCAGUGCAGGCUCCGAGGCAGGUUCAUAUGCCGGGUCUCGGGCCGGGUCAGGGUCUUCAGGGAAAAACUCACAAGGUGGUGGAGGUGGUAGUGGACGUGGUUCGGGCUCGGGUUCUGGAGGGGGCGGGGGAAGUGGCUCUGGUAAUGGUGAGGGUCAUGGUGAGGGGCGUGGAUAUGGUGAGGGGUCUGGCAGUGGAGGCGGGAACUAAAUAUAUAAGAACUCAUGAAUUGGAUUACUGAAUCAGCAAGCUAAAAGAAUUGUGAUAUAUAUCCUGUGUGUUUGAUGUAUUAGUAUAUGAAUAAGAUAGAUCGAUGGUGAAAGUUGAGGCUUGAUCAUCAGGGUCUUGAUCUGUGUUUCAGUUUGAGGCAUGAACCGCAUGAUCAGUACGAUUAGAUGUUCAUCAGCCCGCAACAAAUAUUUGUAUUGUGUGGCAAAAUUAAUUUAUAUCUUUAUAAAAAUGCCUGUAACUCGAGGUCGAAAUACUAUUGUGGAUGAUCUAUUAGCGAGAGGUAUUAUGUCUAUACUUUGAUCUCAUAAUAAAGGGUGAAAAUGAUGA